AUGUCGGGUCCAAUUCCAUCAAUGGCUCCAGGCCAGCCAACCUACGUACCUGUCGACUCUUCCUCUGGCCUCUGGGAGCGGUUAACACAUUGGGCCUCUGAGAACAAGACUGUCGUCUACACCAUUGCAGGUGUUGGUAUUGCUGUGACAGGUGCCGGUGUUAUUUACUACCUCAAUGACAACAGCGGCAAAGACACAACACCAAAGUUGAGCAAGAAGGAGAGGAGAAAGCGAAAGGAAGCCGAUCGCAAAGCUGAUAAGGAAGUGCCCUCAAGUGGCCCCUCUCAACCCAAGCCUGCCUCUGCCGAGAGCGAGCCCGAGCUGCCCGAGGUCGACGAAGAAACUGUCUCCAGCCUCACCCAAGAACAGCGUGAAGAGUAUGCCGCCAAGCUGAAGCAGGCUGGCAACAAGGCCUAUGGCGAUAAGUCAUAUAACAAGGCUAUCGACCUCUACUCUAAAGCCAUUCUCUGCAAGGCCGACCCUGUCUUCUACUCCAACCGGGCAGCCUGCCACAGCGCAAUGAGCGAAUGGGACCAGGUUAUCGAGGACACCACUGCCGCUAUCAACAUGGAUCCUGAGUACGUAAAGGCCAUCAACCGCCGUGCUACUGCCUACGAGCACCAGAAGAAGUACUCCGAGGCCCUCCUCGAUUUCACGGCCUCAUGUAUCAUUGACAACUUCAAGAGCGAGUCUACGGCCCAGGCUGUCGAGAGACUUCUCAAGACUUUCGCCGAGCAAAAGGCCAAGGAGAUGAUGGCGUCCCGACCACCUAAGCUGCCCAGCCCCAUCUUUGUCGGCAACUACCUUCAAAGCUUCCGCCCUAAGCCUCGCCCCGAAGGCCUUGAGGACUCGGAAGAAUUGGACCCUGAUACUGGUAAGGGACAAGUGCAGAUUGGACUCCAAGCUUUGGAGAAGAAGACUGGCGAUGGCUAUGAAGAGGCUCGCCAGGCUUUCGAGAAGGCUCUAGAGCUCGGUGACCUGGGUGAGCACGAAGCGCUUGCUUAUAACAUGAGAGGUACAUUCCGAACCUUGCUAGGUAACCAUGCCGAAGCAACGCAGGAUUUCGACAAGAGCAUCGAGCUCGACCCCACCAUGACACAGAGCUAUAUCAAGCGUGCCAGCAUCAGCCUGGAGCUGGGCGAGCCUGACAAGGCCGAGGCUGAGUUUGCCAAGGCUCUCGAGCAGGAUAAGAACGACCCCGACGUCUACUACCACCGCGCUCAGGCCCAUUUCAUCAAAGGAGACCUUGCCGAUGCCCAGAAAGAUUACCAGAAGUCGAUUGACCUUGACAAGGACUUCAUCUUCUCCCAUAUCCAACUCGGUGUCACCCAGUACAAGAUGGGCUCAAUCGCUUCGUCCAUGGCUACUUUCCGACGAUGCAUUAAGAACUUCCCUAAAGUACCUGACGUCUACAACUACUAUGGAGAAUUGCUCCUCGAUCAGGGUAACUUCUCUGAAGCUGUUGAAAAGUUCGACACGGCUAUGGAGAUGGAAAAGCAGACUAAGCCCAUGUCAAUGAACGUUUUGCCCUUGAUUAACAAAGCACUGGCCCUGUUCCAGUGGAAGCAAGACUUUAAGGAAGCCGAGGCCCUUUGCCAGAAGGCCCUUAUCAUCGACCCGGAGUGCGAUAUUGCCGUCGCUACCAUGGCCCAGCUCCUCCUUCAACAGAACAACGUUCCUGCUGCUCUUAAGUAUUUCGAGCGCGCGGCCGAGCUCGCUCGAACUGAGGGUGAGAUUGUCAAUGCCUUGUCAUACGCCGAGGCAACCAGAACACAAGUUCAAGUCACAGAGAAGUACCCAAAGUUGGCAGCCAAGUUGGCGGGUGGCGCUGGGCCUGGUGGCCUUCGUAUGGGUCCCCAAUAA